AUGCAACAAAUAUAUCGUACAUCCAUUGAUGUCGAGGUUCCACAGAAUAUAGUUCCCGAUACCGAAUUCAUACAACUUUCAGUAGGCAGUGAUAUUCUCUAUACCGCCCUUCAUAACCUUGAUAAUUUGGUGCAAUUGCCCACCGGUUGUGCUGAACAAAAUAUGGUGACUUUUGCACCCAAUGUUUUGGUAUUGGAUCAUCUGAGAACCAUGCGUAAAUCUUCGGAAAAACGAGAAUUGGUCGAACGGGCUACUUGUCACAUAGAAAUUGGAUAUCAACAAGAAUUAACCUAUCGUCAUGUUAGCGGAGCAUAUAGUGUCUUUGGACCGAAGGCACACACAGAGGAAAAUACAUGGUUAACGGCAUACAUUAUUCGAUUCUUUAUUAAAGCACAACGUUAUGUCGGCAUAGAAAGUUCAAUAAUCAAUGAGGGUUUAGCAUUUUUGAAGUCUAAACAAUUGUCAACGGGAGAAUUUCAAUAUACUGGCUAUUUAUUUCAUCCAGCCCAUCAGGAUCGUUAUGGUUUUACGGCAUUUGUUCUGUUGACAUUUUUGGAAAGUUCGCUAUCUAGAAGAAAAUAUAAAGCUGUGAUCGAUAAAGGAGUUGAAUUUUUAGGUGACAAUAUCAAUAACAUCGACGACAACUAUGCCUUAUCUCUUACGGCACUAGCACUACAAAUGUCUAAACAUGAUCACACGAAUGAGGUAUUGACUAAACUUCAAAAAAAAUCCCACUCUGAAAAUGGUUUAAAAUGGUGGCAAUCGUCAAAUCCGGAACAUUCGAAUAACGUUGAAAUAACAGCAUAUGCUCUAAUGGCUCUCCUAGAAUCAAAUCCUGUCGAUAAUAUAAAUAUUAUGAAGUGGAUAUUGGAGCAACGAAGUAAAGUUGGUGGCUUUAAAACGAGUCAGGAUACGGUGGUGGCAUUGCAAGCAUUGAUUAAAUUCAAUGAAAAAUAUACCAGUUCUGAUGAAACAUUAUUAAAAGUGAGUUAUGAGGCUUGGGAUGAUAAGGGGUUGAAGGUUAUCGAUGGCUUUCUGGGCAUCGAUCCAAGUAAUAAACAAAUUUGGCAACAAAUUGAGCUUCCGACAACCACACGUUUACUCCAAUUGAAAGUUGAGGGCCAAGGAAAUGCUUUAGUUCAAUUAGCCUAUCACUAUUAUAUGCCACUGAAAGAGGACUUGAUGAGCAUUGAGUCUGAUAACAUUGAUAUUUUAGCUAGAACUACAAAUAACUCCAGCAUUUCGAACAGAAUUAAGAAAUCACAUGAGAAAUCAUUUACGAUCUCCCCCAUGGCAAAGAUGUCCUCCGCAAGUGUCAUGGAAUUGGAAGUCUGUUUCAAAUUUAAACCAUCGGACAAAUUAAAAUAUCGUCAAACGAAUAUGGUCAUUAUGGAAAUUGAAAUGCCUUCGGGAUUUGUUGUAUCAUCUGAUGCGUUUCAAGAUCUACAAAGUAUUGAAUUUGUAGCUCGAGUUGAAUUGAAAAAUGCCGAUACCACAUGUUUGGCAUAUUUCAAACGUUUACAUGCCGACGCAGAUGAACAAUGCAUAAAUUUACAAGGUGAUAAAAUGAAUGAGGUGGCAUUGCUACAGCCGGCUUCUAUAACAAUGUAUGACUAUUAUAUACCAGAAUAUCGUGAUACAGUGUCAUAUGAAAUUCAAUCGUACAACUAA